GGUAGCCCACGCUCGCGCUCAUCUUGAGGAGCUCCGCUGUUGUGUUGGAUGAAACCUCUGCGUGCUCUAUUGAUCGUAUCUGUGUGUGUCCCACAUAACCUCUCGAAAUCGAUCCUCAGUGUUUGACACCUCUGUCCAGUUCACUUCCUGCAGUUCAUCAGAACGCUCAAACUACAACAGGAUACGUCGUGAUCAAUUGCUCGACAUGGUGUCUACAGGUCUCGAAUCGGCGCGUCUAAUAGCUCAACCAAUGCGCCAGAUACAGCGCUAUCGUUGGUUAUGGGUAGCAUCGCUGGUGGUGCUGUUUUCGACUCUAGCGGAGCUCACGAACGCAUCUGAGUGCAGCGCCUGUGGGUAUUUAGCUAAGAAUUGCAGCGACACAAGCGGCACGGACGACGUGGACGUGUGUGACUCCUCAAAACGCAUCCAGAUCGACGACGUCUUCUGCAAUGACGACGAAUGCCAAUGCGCCGACGGUCACAAGUGCGUAAGCACCCUCGUGGGCUGCUCCAACCUCUUCCAGGCGCGGAACCGACGGCGCUGUCUAGGCAACACGACGCUGACUCGACGCUUCGAGCAGUGUGCAAUCAGCCAGGGACUUACGACACUCAAUGCGUCCAACGUGGCUAGCGACUGGAUCUACUUCAAACAGGGCAAUAAGUGCCAAUCCACGGACUGUCUGGCUGUCCGGAUGUUCCACCAGAGCGGCCUCGUGCAGUGUGGCAACCUGUUGGCAGUGUGGAAGACCAAUUCAUCCAGUUAUGACCCGUCGGAGAGUGUGACGUUCAGCAUCUCUGAGGGUGGCGUGACGUAUCAUUUCGUUGCAGACGGCUCGCGUGGUAGCGAUAUGAAAGCGGGCACGUUCCUCUACUCGGUCCCGUGGUCUACCGAGGGUGUGACGUUAGUGACGAAGCAGGCGAACAGCUCGGCUAUUAACUCGUGCUACGUACUUCAGACGCGUAACCAGCCUAAUGGUACAUGUGAAGGCGUGUAUCUACAGUUUGAUGCCACUGUGCAGUUCGCAAACAGCGACGAGUAUGUGAUGUCCGAGUUGAGCUGGCCCGUGUGGGUGGCGGUUGUAGGAAGUGUGGCUGCUGCAAUUGCCGCCAUUGUUAUCAUGGGCGUGGUGGUCUAUCGCUUUCAGCACAUGGACUUGACCCCAUCAGUUGACGAGGAGGAAGAUGGUGGACUGUUGUUGGACGACCUCCGCGACCGCAAGCGGUCGAACCCUAUCAGCCCUGCCAGUCUUGGAUCAACCUCACCAGCCUCGGGCAGAGGACUUGAUCUCCGUCAACGGGGAUCGGCAGCACCGGACGUAACGCAGAUCGAGGCUGGAACUGGAAGAGCAACAUUGUAAAAGAAACACACAUACAUACAUACAGCAAGCGAAUUAACCUUUUUCGGUAAAAAUUUUACAUGGUCAUCAGAUUUUCUCUUGGA